UCCCGAAUUUAUAAUCCAGCUUUGAUUUGUCAUGAUCGACUUUAAUUUUACCGAAUUUUAAAGACGCGAUUAUAAUAUAUAUCAGAUAUGAACUUUAACUAGUAGACUUCAAAAAUAAAUUUUCUCUCCAGAAAAUGUCUGAAACUUUCUUCCCCAAAUACCCUCCAAACAUUUCUGAUGAAAAUUUACAGUCUUUAAAAAAUUUAGCAAUAGACUGGUCACUUUCUCAUGGCUUAAUAAUUCGUCCACCAACUAAUGUUUCCAAUAAUUCUUUUGUUAUGCACGCACCUGUAUCUUUAUUUCCUUCACCUUUUCCAAGAAAAACUUAUGAAGAAGCUAUAGAAUUACAACCUAUGUUUAAUCUUUUAUUUCAUAAAUUAUCUCAGGAUUCUGAAUUCAUCACACAAGUUGUUGAAGAGAUAACUAAAGUUGAUGAUUUUGUUGAUAAUCUUUAUAAAAUCUAUUUAAAAGUAAAGGAGGAAGGAAUUGUUCAGCCAAUUUCUCUGGGAUUACAUAGAUCGGAUUAUCUUUUGCAAGUUCCACCAGAUGCAACAGAAGCUAAUAUUUUACAAGUUGAAUUUAAUACAAUUUCUUCUUCAUUCUCUAGUUUAUCAUAUUUAACUGGAGAAUUACACAGAUAUUUAUUGAAAGCUACUGAGUAUUAUAAUUCAUCAGAAUUAUUAAAAAGUGAUUCCUUGCCGUUAAAUGAUUCAAUGACGAGUAUACCUAAAGGAAUUGCAAAGGCUCAUGAGCUUUAUGGGUCUCCAAAUGCCGUGGUUAUGAUGGUUGUGAUCGAUGAGGAAAGGAAUAUUUUCGAUCAAAAAUGGAUUGAAUAUGACUUAUUAAACAAUAAUAAUAUACAUAUUAUACGUAAAACACUCAAGGAAAUAAAUGAACAAGGAAAGUUGGAUCCCAAUACCAAAGCUUUAGUAAUCGAUGAUAAAGAGGUGUCGGUUACAUAUUUCCGUUCAGGAUAUUCACCUGAACAGCAUCCUACAAAGAAAGAAUGGGAUGCUAGAUUAUUGAUUGAACGAUCAAAAUCAAUUAAAUGUCCAUCUGUUUCGUAUCAACUUGUUGGUGCUAAAAAGGUUCAACAAGUAUUGGCUAUACCAGGAGUUUUAGAGAAGUAUGUAACUGAUCCAACUGACGCAAAGAGACUUCGAGCAAGCUUUGCAGGCCUAUAUCCAUUAGAUUCUUCACCUGAAGGUGAAGCGGCUGUAAAGCUUGCCUUGGGAAAUCCUGAAUAUUAUGUGAUGAAGCCGCAACGUGAAGGUGGAGGCAAUAAUAUAUACGCAAAUGACAUUCCGUCUAUUCUAUCGAAAUUAUCAGUAUCAGAAAGAUCAUCGUAUAUUUUGAUGGAUUUAAUACAACCACCAUUAAUGAAAAAUAUUAUCCUAAGACAAGGUGAAUUGGUCGAAGGUGAAAUGAUUUCAGAAUUAGGAAUUUAUGGUAUAUUUAUUGGAGGUAAAGGUAAAGAUGAAGUUAUUAUUAAUGAGAUUGGAGGACAUUUAUUGAGAACCAAAGGAAGAAAAACAAACGAAGGUGGUGUUGCCACUGGAUAUGCUGUUAUUGAUUCUCCUUUAUUAAUUUAAUUAGACAUUUUAAAUCGAGAUUAAUAAUAAAAUUUUUAAUUUAUUUUUUUUUUUGAUCGAGAGAUCUCAUUAAUGUAUUGGAUAAAUUUAAA